AUGCGUCGAGCUGCACGCAAUAACGCUGCAUCCAGUAGCGACGACGGAGAUAAUUCGGAGUAUUCGGACAAGAGUACUUCGUCGUCUGGCUUGGAUGUUGAGCAGCUUCGCCGCCGUCAACGAACCAGAGGACAGAAUGUAAUUCGCAGGGGUAACUAUGCUACGAGAGACGAUGGCGAAGAAUGGAGUCGCUCUGAUGAUGAGUAUCACAAACACCUGAAGCGCUCACUCAGACGAGCCUUUGAUUUCUUCGACCUCGACCAGACCUCAACGAUCGACAAGCGUGAGCUUAGCCACGUGCUGCGUGCGUUGGGUCAUGAAUUCACUUCGAAAGAGCUGGAGGCUGAAAUGGCAAAUGCUGACCUGGAUCGGAAUGGCCAGCUGGACUUUUACGAGUUCGUGGCGUUCGUGAAGAAGCAACUGGCGCAAAAGACGUAUUUGCUCUCCCAGCAGCGCGAGAUGGAGAUCCGCCAGUCGUUUCAGUCGCUCGACACCGACAAGAACGGAGCCUUGGAUGAACAAGAGUUUGAAUAUCUCAUCUACAAGGUGCUCCAGGUGGAGCUCUCCGUCGAAGAGCAGGACGCGCUGCUCGAUUUUGUCGACAAGGACGCGGAUGGUUUGAUCAGUGAAGACGAGUUUAUCACCUUCAUGAAAAAGCUAGAGACGCUGCAUCGCAAGUACAGCGGGAAAGGUGGCUGGAGAAAGCAGAAGCGCUUCUUGGAUACUCUUGACACUACGUCACAGUUGGCCUACUCGGCUAUGAAGAAACUUGUUCGCGGUGCCCCAAUGGACCUCGAUCGAAACUUGCUCAUGUUUUUCGGGAUCCCGUCGAACUUUCGCCCGGCCAUCUCGUCCGCAGCUACGUGUCGUACUCUGCAUGGCAAUACGAUGGAGCACGUAUUAUCGUUUCCGUCCCCGCAGACUAUUGAAGCCUUGGCGUUGGAUACCAGACUAAGCGACAAGAAGGAUUCGUGGUUCACUUUGAAUCGGCUUGACACUACCAGCGAAGAGUACCGGAUGCUACAGCAAGCAGAGGGUGUCGAAGCGCAAGCGAUUGUAUCGUUGAAAAGGGCUGCCGGUGUCCCGAAGCCAUUCGAUACGAGAGAAGACGACGUAGUGAAGCGAUGUGUUCACGUGUGUCUGUUCCAAGAGCAACAAGACGUAUCUAAGGGCAAACCGAAGAUAACGGGAGCAGGUACUGUCGUUGGGAAUGUUCACGAAAUUCCUGUUUACUGGCACCAAGGCGAAGAAGACGUCUGGGAGUUCUCGAAGAAAUCCACGAAGCAGGACAAGUACAAGUUCCUUGUCCGCACAAAUGCGGUGAACGACCACAUGUACUUGUUGGUGGAGUUUAUUGUUCAUCUAAAACUGAAAAGCGAUGAUGAAGCUUGUAUUGAUGGAACAACGAGGGAAAUGGUGUGUUGCUGGUGCAAAAUCCCCGUCCACCAACUGCUGGCCAAACGAUCCGAUAUUCUGCGACGCAAGGAGAAACUCUGGGGAGGUACAGCAAAUGCCCCGGUCGACAUCGAGCAAGAUGAGCUCCUGCGUCGACGAACCGGGUGGCGUGCUUUCACGAAUAUGUUCACAAAGCCGUCGCCGCCAUUGAUGGGAAUCAAGAGCGUGCCUAUCGAUUCACUUGCUGAAGAUCUCCAGCUAUUCGUACGCAAGAUGCCCCCAAUUAUCAUUGCGCCGUUCGUGUCCCUCCCGAUCCUAGCCGAGUAUAUGGCGCUUGUGAGGAAGACCCUCGCCCAUGUUGCUAGCUCCUCUUCGGUUAUGACUUGUGAGCCAGCGUUGAAGUUGCUACCGAAAAUCGUGGACGACCACGUAGCGCUGUCGAUCUUCCGGAAAGCUUUUGAUAGCGAAGUCGCAAGCAUGAAGCCUGGCGAGGAGCGUCAAAUGAAGUUCCAGCAGCUUGUGCUCAGGAUGUGGCCGUCGUUUGUGCACUGGCAAGAACAUCUCCCUCCUUCCCUCCUGCCUCAAGUCAAGCUACCAGGCGCAACGCAGAACUCGAAAGCUCCCGCAGGUGUUCCACCCAAAGGCGUGAGUGCGGCUGAAAAUUCUGCGACCAUCGUGAACGACCAGGUCGCGACCCAAAUGCGACUCAACUUGCUGCAGACCACAGCUUCCGGCAAACUGCGUCUGCAAGAUGUCCGCGUGACGUCGACACCGUUCCACGUCCGCGAGGUCGCGUUUCGCCGCUUGUUGUAG